GCGCAUAAUUACAAGAAAAAUAUUAUGGCCAACGAAAAUAUAAUCAUCGCCUUUCAGUGCAUUGCUCCAUUUGCUUGGACAGUGGGAUUUGCUUGGUUGACAGUGGCUUGUGUGUCACGAAACGGAGGAACCCUCAAUCGUUUGUUAUCUCUUCGUAUUUUUGUGGUGUUAAACAGUCUGAAUGUUUGGAUAUAUCUGCUUCACUUGCUAAUUAUCUGUUAUGUUAUUUGCAGUAUGCGAAAGGCUACAGGUGUUUUACAGUUUAAUAUGUGGAUGAUAUAUUCCUUUGUUAUGUUUUUGUCACUGAUUGCUGCUCUGUUCUUCUUUGUGUUUUUUGAAUCCCCAUUGAGCAGUCUUCUGUCCAACGUGCUAAGAAAUAAAACAUCGCAAGAAACAGUAACUUCAAAUCAAAACAUUACGGAAAUGCAGACAGCAAAAAUUCAAAAAUUUCUGUUGUGUGAUAAACAUUACAAAUUACAUUAACAUUACAUAUGUUAAUGAGAUAAGACUGUUAAUUAAAUAACUUUAAGUAUAUUUAGUAUGAUUUAUUAUGAUAAUGUCAUAUGUCUCGCAAGUGGCAUAAAGUUCAUUUUGACCUUUAUUGCUGCUUUCGUAUACUUAUAUGAUUUCUUAUUGUAAACUUGGUUCAUACUACUUACAUAUGUAGUAAUCAUUUUAUAAUUUUUCUGACUGUUAUGUUUUAUAAUAUACACAGAGAUUGUAACUAUAACCUAAUUUAACUUCUAACAGGCAAAUAAAACCGUAGGGUAUAGGAGAUAAAUAAUUGUUUAUCUUUGUUUAUUUUGAAACCGGGUCUUCUUUAGUUUUUUUUUUCUGUCACAACGAAGGAAAACCUUGUGCAAUUCGGACAUAGCAAGUGUGAGCUAAGUGCCGUUCAGUGAUAUGCCGAAAAAGUUUAAAUGUAAAAUUUUUAACUGUAAAUAUAUGUAAUUUUUAAACAAGAUAUAUAUUAUUUAGAACCUCUUAACAAGAUAUAUCAGAAGAAAAGCCGACAGUAGAAGAGCGUAUAGCCAAAACGUGUAUUGGCCCAGAAGAAAUUUUUGAAUAUAGAGUGAUGUCAAAGAUAUAUAGUGUCUACUUACGCAUUUAGCUGUGAGAGAAAAAACCAAUUGUUUAUCAUGUUAAUGUAGAAGAAAUAAAUAAAUAAAUAGUUAUAUUUGCUAUAUAAAACAGUGAUAAUUACAGUAUUUAUUGUAUAUAAUAUAUACCGUAAUUACGUGAUGUGGCUAUGGUGUGUUUCUGACAAGCAGUGUUUGUCUCCUACCGUGAAAUUUACUGCUGUAAUAAUGUGUAGCACAUUUAUUCCUAAAAGCAAAAAAUCCUUAUGAAACUACAGUAAUUUUUAUACUAUAAGUGUAAACAAAAGUGUGCCUGACAGGAAGGUGUGGAAAAGUUGAUAAAUAGAUGCAUUCGUAAUAAUGUAGUCUGAU